GGCAUCGAUCGCCGCUUUUAUGGUCAGCAUUCCGUCGACUGGUGAGUACGGGGCGCUCGCAGGGAUAAAGGCUAGCCACACAAUCAAUGCCAAUCGAAGACAAUCGGUCAACUUGUGACGCCAUGAGUCGGUCGUUUCAACGUCUUGAUCUUUGAAGUUCAGCAAUUCGUCUGAGACGGUGUAGCUUCGAGCAACGGCCCAGUCCCGAUCCGGGAGCAAGGGCUGACGUGGCGCGGCGUGCCAGUGACAUUGGAUGGCACAGGCCAGAUUGACUACUUGUUGCAGGACCUGUUGAAACGGUCGACUCAAGACCUCGCUGUGUUGAGCAAAUCUUGCGCCUGCUGGGAUUUUCCCGAGUUGGCGCAAUGCAGUCGUCACGCAUGUGUAUUGUUGUGUCGACAACUCGGCCGUCUCCCACCGUUCUUCCACCAACGGCGGCCGGGCGGUGGCAGCAGCUUGAUAUCGGUCGGCCACCCAAAGCAUUCGUCGCAGGUAGGGAUCUAGGUUGCGGAAACCACCAAAAUAUGUAUUACAGAGAUACAUGGUCAUGUUACCAUGCAUGGCCACCCCUUCCCAGUUUCUCCGAUAACUCUCCAGCGCCCACAGGUACAAAAUGCUCUGGAUCAACUGCUGAGUCACCGGACGACCUUCAGCCAGAUAGCGCCGAAGGAGUCGAAUGGCUGCGUCUGCGAGUCUCUCGGGAAGAUCAUGCCGUGCAAAGUGGUACUGCUCGACGUACUUCAUCCGAGCACUCGCGGCGGUGAGCAGCGAAAGAAUGUGCAGUUCGUCCGACAGCGAAUUGCGAAUGACUUGAAUGGCAGGAUUCGCCAGUCGGGCCUUGGGGUCACCGAUAAAGGCCACAAUGUCCAGUCGAGUGACGGUAGGGAAGAAUUUAACCACAAAGUACUGGAGGAUGCGAUGUUUCUCUGCAUUCAUGGACACUUUAAAUUGACCAAACGGCUCCAUGGCGACCACCUUUGGUGAGAGCAGAGACAGCGUGGAUGGACUGUUCUCGAGGAAGAAUUGGACGGCGGGACUGUGGUCGGCAGCGGAAAUGUCCGACGUUUCCUCAUUGUCAGCUACAUCUUGGUCUGUCACGACAUCGUCGGUAUCCCAGGCUGAGCGGAGAGCGGGUGACAGAGAAUGGGAGGCGGCAUUGCUGGUGAUCCAACCCAGGGGCAGCCGCGAGCGACUGAGUCUUCUCUUCUUCAGACGCUCCUUUAUCAGAUCGCGUGAUCGCUGAACAUGCUGAUUGAUUUCUCGGACAUUAUCGGUGUCGGCCUUGCUGUUGGAAAGAGACUUGGAGUCUGCGGUCUUAUUUACAAAAAGCAGGGCCAGUCUGUCCGACAUGUCCUCAAGUGUUCAUCUUGGUGGUUGUGGCUACGUAAAGAGGCAUGACCGCAACAUGACCAAGUUCAAUCUGAAGAGUUGAGAAGAGAUGAGGGCCACGAUAAUGGUGAUACCUUCUUAGACACGUUCCCAGGCUUAGGCUUGGUGUGACAUGAUAUCUACCGGCCAACGCUCGAAAGGGUCAGCAUUGACCGCGGGCCAGUCCACUAGGAGGAUUAAGCGAGUGCCCCCAGAAAGACAGCGUUGGCGACAAACCAAUCUGGAUUCCGACUCCUGUGGCUGGUGAGAGAUUCGCGUCAAAGGCCAGUGGAAUUACCUAACUACCGCAAAAGGCCUGCCUGGGGCCUGCGUUUCCAUUCGGGGGGUAAUCUCCAGGUCAAAAUGUCAAAUGGAGGGG